CAGGAAAAGCUGGCAGAAAACAGCAUCAAGUCUCCUCCUGUGCAGUCACUUGCACAACUGUCCAGGUUGUGGCCACUCGGGUGUCAUCCUUCAGUCUGCUCCCUGCCCCCCUUGUUUGUGAGUCCAUUCGAUUCCGGGUCUCUGGUCUGGAGGGAGAGUUCCUGACUGGCUACACAGCCACCCAGCGGCUCAGAGGCUGCCGAGAUCCCUAGAAGUGACGGUGAGGUCGCUGGCUUGUGGACUAUGGCUUUCCCUGUGGGAUUUGGAUGGGGAGCAGCCACUGCAGCCUACCAAGUAGAAGGAGGCUGGGCUGCAGAUGGAAGAGGCCCUUGUGUCUGGGACACAUUCACCCAUCAGGGAGGAGAGAGAGUUUUCCAGAACCAGACUGGUGAUGUCGCUUGUGGCAGCUACACUCUGUGGGAGGAAGAUUUGAAAUGUAUCAAACAGCUUGGAUUGACUCAUUACCGCUUUUCUCUUUCCUGGUCACGUCUGUUACCUGAUGGGACGACAGGUUUCAUCAACCAGAAAGGGAUUGACUAUUACAACAAGAUCAUUGACGAUUUGUUGGCAAAUGGGGUUAUACCCAUAGUGGCUAUCUACCACUUCGACCUGCCUCAGGCUUUAGAAGACCAAGGAGGUUGGCUAUCAGAGACAAUCAUUGAGGCCUUUGACAGAUAUGCUCAGUUUUGUUUCCGUACUUUUGGAGAUCGAGUGAAGAAGUGGAUCACCAUCAAUGAGCCCAAUAUUCUUGCAGUCCUGGCAUAUGACAUGGGACUCUUUGCUCCUGGUGUGCCUCACAUUGGGACUGGAGGUUACCAGGCAGCUCACAAUCUGAUUAAGGCGCAUGCCAGAUCCUGGCACAGCUAUGAUUCUUUAUUCCGAAAAGAACAAAAAGGUAUGGUUUCCUUAUCAUUAUUUUGUUGCUGGUUAGAACCAGCAGAUCCCAAUUCAGUGCCUGACCAGGAAGCUGUGAAAAGAGCAAUGUGUUUCCAGUUGGAUUUCUUUGCUAAACCCAUAUUCAUUGAUGGUGAUUAUCCCAAACUCAUCAAGACCCAGAUUGCCUCCAUGAGUAAAAAGCAAGGCUAUCCAACAUCUAGACUUCCCGAAUUCACAGAGGAAGAGAAGAAAAUGAUCAAAGGCACUGCCGAUUUCUUUGCUGUGCAGUAUUACACAACUCGCUUAGUCAAGCACCAAGAGAACAAGAAAGGAGAACUAGGCUUUCUUCAGGACGUAGAGAUCAAGUUUUUCCCCAGUCCCUGUUGGCAGGGUGUGGGUUGGAUCUACGUGGUACCAUGGGGGAUAUGCAAGCUCCUGAAGUAUAUUAAGGAUACGUAUAAUAACCCUGUAAUUUACAUCACAGAAAAUGGGUUUCCUCAGUGUGACCCCCCAUCUCUUGAUGACACUCAACGCUGGGAGUAUUUCAGACAGACAUUUCAGCAACUGCUCAAAGGAGACUUUCUGAUGCGGCACCAUGCCAGCCCAUGGGAGUCUCUGUUGUGCAAACAAACAUGGGAGAAUGAGGCUACUUUCCUCAAACUUCACAUUUCCCAGGAAAUGACUGCAGACAGCAUAUAAGUCUACAACGACUUUAGAUCUACCCUGUAUUUUUGUGCUGAGCAAAUCUGACUUAAUCACAAACAGAAUUUCUACCUCUAGGAGUUUCUACAGCAUGAACAACAGUAUGAUGCAUGAGUUUGAGUGACUUAGCGUGCCCAACAGGUAGAAGAUUAAACCCAAUAAGAUUUGCACCCGGGCUCUCCAUGCAGAUUUUCUGGCUGAUAAGGCAUGGGGAAAUGAUAACUUCCUAAGAGAUAAUAUUGCAAUUGGAGAAACAAGGAAGGUAUAUAAGACUUUAGUUUUCUUUUUUUUUCCCAGGUCACAGAUGACUGUGGCAGGGCCAUGUGGUACUGCAUGAGAGAAUUAUGCACUGGUUUCUUCUGUUUUUGUUGCAAUGUUGUAUUACCCUCAAGCAUGUAUUACCCUCAAGCUUGCGGGUAAUACAUGCAUAUAUUUUAGGAGGAUUCUAUCAGGUUUCCUCUGCUAGUAGAAUUCGCUAUGAAGGCAAGUUGCCUGGGAAGGUCUCUAGCUGUGGAGGAGAACUUUGAAGCUGUAUCUGACUUUGAAGCUCUGGUGCUUCUGUAGGGACCUGGGCUGCAGAUACCCAUACACUGAAAUGCUGUCAUUCAGGUUCCUUCUGUCCACAGUGUGCAGCUUUGCAGAGAAAUGUCCUCACAGCAGACACUGCUGUGUCUUCUCUAUUGUUUAUGGAAGUGUAAUAGGGGACACAUUCUAACUUGCUUUGGAAAUAUUGACGUCAUCAUUUGUUUUGCAAAGUCUUUGUAAUUAGAUGCAAUGGGAGGCAGUCUCUAGUUGCCUAACUUUUCUUCUUGAGCUGUCCCAUGUAACCAUCAGUGAU